CCAUCCUCUGCUGCAGCCUCAUCACACCGCAGGCACAGACGGGAAUUACCUGCACACCACCUAGCACCCAGAUUUAGAGGCCGACACUCCCACUUGACUGACCCUGAGACCUUACACCUACACCAUCACUUCUUCACUUCCAACUUCUUGGACCAACUCUGUACACUUCACAUCCCUGGCGACCCGCAUUGACUUUUCUGUCAACCGCUACAGUUCCACGGCUACACCCUCGUGCUAUCACCACAUCCACGUUUCUCUGUGAUAUCCUGAAAGACCCCCCCCCCCCCACCAACAACUCUCAUCAUGUCCAACCCUGAAGUUCUCUGGGCACAGCGCUCCUCGAGCACCGACCCCGAGAAGAACUUCAUCUACCUGACCAUCACUGCCCCUGAUGUGCCCAAGAACAGUUUCAAGCUGGACCUCAAGGCCACCACUCUCAAGUUCGAGGGCCACUCCGACACCUUGAAGCGUGAUUUCCAUCUCGAGCUCGAGUUCUACGCCGAGAUCGACCCGGAGAACUCCAAGAUCAACCACACCUCGCGCAAUGUCGAGCUCAAGCUGCGCAAGAAGGAGUUGAAGGAGGAGUACUGGCCCCGCCUGCUCAAGGAGUCCAAGAAGCUCCAAUUCCUCAAGACCGACUUUGACAAGUGGAUUGAUGAGGACGAGCAGAAUGAGGCCCCCGAAGACGAUUUCAGCCAGUUCGGCGGCAUGGGAGGCAUGCCAGGUAUGGGUGGUGGUGACUUUGGUGGUAUCGACUUCUCCAAGUUGGGUGGUGGUGCCGCUCCCGGUGACGAUGAGGAGGAGGAGGAGGAGGAUGACGAGAGCGACGAUGACAUGCCCGCUCUCGAGGGUGAGGAGACCGCCAAGGAUGGCAAGAAGGUUGCCGCUUAAGUUUGUCCCUCACAUAAUACCCCCCUUUACAGUCACGAAACCCUCAGAUGAGGUAUGAACAAUUAUGUAAGGUCGCAAGACUUGAAUCAUUCAGGCGUACCUAGAGAUGAAUUU